UUGCGAUUUUUGCACAAUACUUGACACGUGAUAUAUAUACAUUUUUAAUAUAUUAUUAUCAUAUCAUAUUACAUUUCAACAGUUUGUUUAUUGUAUUGUAAUUAAGUCAUGACGCAGUCACUUGGUUAAAGACCAUACAUAAAAUCCACAUUUCACAUCUGUUGCGAAUUGCCGAAUUGCGAUAACAUACAAGUCCCAAUAGUCUUAUCAUAUAGGUAUAUCAUAAAUUUUUAUGAAUUGACAAAAAAUAAAAAUUGUUGGAGAAUGGAGCGACAUACUUUUAUUGGACCCAUUAUUCAAACAAAUAACGAUGGUAAAUUAAUUAUUCAAAAAAAUGCAACAUUGAUUGUUGAAGCUGGAAAGAUAAUUAAUGUGUAUGAAAAUAUUGAUGAUGAUAUAAAAAAAAAUGAUGAUGAUGAUGAUGAUGAUGAAAAGAGUAAUGUAACAUAUUUAAAAGAGGGACAAUUUUUAAUUCCUGGUUUUAUUGAUUGUCAUAUUCAUGCUGUACAAAUGCCAAAUAUUGGACUUGGAUAUGAUGAACCACUUUUAGAUUGGCUUGAAAAUUACACAUAUCCAUUGGAAAAUAAAUAUACUGAUUUAAAAUUUUCUGAAAAAGUUUACGAUGCUGUUGUAAAACGAACAUUAAAUGUUGGAACAACUACUGCUUGUUACUUUGGUUCACUUUAUGACGAUUCAACAUUUAUUUUGGCAGAAAAAGCAUCGAAAUAUCAUCAACGAGCAUUUGUUGGAAAAAUAAAUGCCAACGUUUUUCGAGAUGAUGGAUAUUUUGAAGAAACAAAUGUAUCUAUUGAAAAUACUAAAAAAUUCAUUGACAAUGUUCUCAGUCUUAAUGAUCCUUUGGUUCAGCCAAUAAUAACACCAAGAUUUGCACUUUCUUGUGAUAUGGAUUUACUCAAGCAACUUGGAAAAUUAGCACAAGAAAAAAAUCUUCAUAUACAAACUCAUGUGUCUGAAAAUUUAAGUGAAAUUGAAAUAUGCAAAGAAAUGUUUAAAGACUGUCCAACAUACUGCAAUGUUUAUGAAAAAGCUGGUUUAUUAACAAACAAGACAGUAUUGGCUCAUGGAAUUUAUCUACAAGACAGUGAACUUGAUUUGCUCAAAAAAUAUAAAACAGCGGUAAUACAUUGUCCAUCAUCAAACACCUAUUUAAUGAGUGGUCUUUGUAAUAUUCAAAGAUUAAUAAGUAGAGGUGUCAAAGUUGGUUUAGGAACUGAUGUUGCUGGUGGAAGUAAUCCAUCUAUGCUAGACACAAUAAGAUCAGCCAUAACUGUAUCCAAUCAUUUGGCACAUAUUCAUGAAAAUAAACCAUUAAACUAUGUAGAUUUAUUUCAUUUAGCAACAAUUGGUGGAGCAAAAUCACUUGGAAUUGAUGACAAAGUUGGAAGUUUAACAACUGGAAAAUAUUUUGAUGCUCUUUUGAUUGACAUGAAUAAUCAUCAUCAUAAUGGACCACUUGAUAAUUUAAUUGAUUAUACACUUGAACAACAGCUACAACGUUUAAUUUAUUCUGGUGAUGAUAGAAAUAUUUAUCAGGUAUUUGUUGCAGGUCACAAAGUUAAAUAA